UCCAUUAAAGAUACAAAAAUAGUAAAUUCAUAUCUCAAUCUUAACCACGCAAUCAUCCUUAUGCUACGGUCUACGUUCGCCUUCUAGAACCUUCUCUUCCUUUGAAAGUAUAUCCCCCAUUUUGGCUUUAUACAUUUUCAUUUUCAUUUUCAUUUGGCUUGUGGUCUGCUCGUGCCGCUUAGGGUUUAAAGUUUCGCUUUUCAUAUCUGCUGCUUCAGGUUCCUCUUUCAUCUAUCGACUUUUUAUUGUUCUAGUUUAUGUAGCACGAUUCGGAUUUCAAAAUUCAAAUCAUUGAAGUUUGAUUGUGAAUUUGGGCAUUCAAUCCGAAAGAUGCCAACAUAAAUUGGCAUAACAAUUGCUAUGGGUAAGUCCUAUCCCACUGUGAGCGCUGAGUACCUCAAGGCUGUUGACAAAUGUAAAAGGAAACUCAGAGCUCUAAUUGCCGAGAAGAAUUGUGCUCCUAUUAUGCUCCGUCUCGCGUGGCACUCUGCUGGUACCUAUGAUGUGUGCUCCAAAACUGGAGGUCCUUUUGGUACCAUGAGGUUCAGAGCUGAGCAAGCACAUGGUGCAAACAAUGGUAUUGACAUUGCUAUCAGACUCUUGGAGCCCAUUAGGGAGCAGUUUCCCACACUCUCCUAUGCUGAUUUCCAUCAAUUAGCUGGUGUUGUUGCUGUUGAAGUUACUGGAGGACCUGAUGUUCCCUUUCACCCUGGCAGAGAGGACAAGCCAGAACCACCUGUUGAAGGUCGCUUGCCUGAUGCCACCAAGGGCUCUAACCACUUAAGGGACGUGUUUGUGAAACAAAUGGGUCUUUCUGACAAGGAUAUUGUUGCACUCUCUGGUGCCCAUACCUUGGGAAGGUGCCACAAGGAGCGUUCUGGUUUUGAGGGAGCUUGGACCACCAAUCCCCUCAUAUUUGACAACUCAUACUUUAAGGAACUUCUGAGUGGGGAAAAAGAAGGGCUUUUACAGUUGCCAUCAGACAAGGCUCUCCUCUCCGACCCUGCUUUCCGCCCCCUUGUUGAGAAAUAUGCUGCGGAUGAAGAUGCCUUCUUUGCUGACUAUGCUGAGGCUCACUUGAAGCUCUCUGAAUUGGGAUUCGCUGAAGCUUAAGAUGGUGAUUGGAAGCGUUGGGACUGGCGGCCUAUAUAUGUUUUUAUGUUUCACUUCUGAAAACCUCACUGGAGUUGUUGGAUGUUGACUUCUUUUGCUGCUCUUUAUGUCAUGAUUUAAAUUUGGCAGCUUUAUUAGACUAUGAUAGUCACUCUUCCAACUUAUUAAUAAUAAGUUUCUGUUUCAUUUGUAGUUUA